AUGGUGAUCUUCUCAGAAGAGAGCCUGUGGUCCGAACUUCGAGGCCUCCGCGGGGGCCCUCUUCCAGGCUUUCGGGAUAUUUGGAUGAGUGAGGGUGCCUCCUCAAGCACCGUGGAUAUAGAUUCCCUCUCGCGUGCCGUGGCCCAGCUUCACCUCGCUACCGGCAACCUUGCACAGGCCCUUGAGAGGCCGGCCAGCCCUGACGGCUGGGUUGUUGUCAACGACACCCCGGGCACUCCUCCUAGGACUGUGUGCAUCUGUGCUCUUCUUUGGGGCCUUCUGUGUGAGACCGACUUCGUGGACGCCACGCCAAAGCUGGAGGUUAGGUGGGCCACUUGCCCGGAAGCUCCACUGUCUGCCACGGCUUCCCCACCGAAGGGUGGCUUCCUGUUAGCCUUGCCCGUGGGCGCAGUUCCCCCGAACCUGCUGGCACAAGGCAACGAGGCCGACCCUUCGGCAAUGUUCGGCCCCUCUACGACACUUACGGUGCCAGCGGUGGUAGAGGAGGAGGAUGGUGGGGAGGUUCCUGCAGGCUUGGCCCUAGAAGUGCUGGUCGUGGAUUUCUCAGAGAGCGCGUGCGAGUUUCUGGAGCCCUACGACCCCCUGCUGCUCAUCGACCGCGUCCUUUUGCCCCGGACGCCCCAGGCUCAUUUCCGGAAGGUGCCCAGCUCGCAGAGCAAGGAGACCUGGACCCGAGUGUCACCGGGGGGCGCCUCAGCCCUUACCGAGAAGCAAGAGGCCUUCGAGCAGAAGGUCUCUAUGGGAAUUCCGGCGACGGCCUCUGCGUGGGGAAUCUGGGCUUCCGAGAAGCCCGCUUCGGGGCAGAUGGAGUCGGUCUCCUUCAGAAAGGCCAGGGCUGUGGUCGCCCAGGUGGGCGGGCAUAACGGAGCAAAUGCCCUGUACUGGGAGAAAGUGAACCUCCGGGGCUCUCGCCUGAGCUCUUCCAGGCUCUUCGGGGCCGCCUCGGAGAGUUCGGCCUGGAGCUUUUCUCGCUUUGCGCUGGCCCGGGAAGAAAGCCCUGCAGAGGAAGGGCCUGAGGCGAAGUCUCCUGAUGCCUCGGAGGCCUGGAUGAGGCAGGGGCAGCGGGAACAAGGACUUGGAAGGCGUCUCAUGAGGUGGUUUCACGCACGGGGCCUUCCCAGCAAAGGGGCCCUGAACUACCUCUAUGCUGGGCUUCGGCCCGUGUGCCAGGGCCUCACCUCGCUGGGUCCCUCUUUCGACCGCUACGGGGCAAACUGGGACCCGUCCGACUUCCUCGACGAUCUGUUCUAUAUGCCCUUCCGAGAGCCUCAGGUCCUUCUGCUUCCCGGCGUCGGCCCUCCUGGAGCUUAUGAGGUUCCCGACAUUUCCCGCGAGGUGCCCUCCCGGGUGCUAGCUCUUGCAAAGCUGUGGGACAGCUUCGGCCUCCUGCGUUUGAGCCGGGACGGGCCCGAGACGCAGGACCAAGCCGUCCGUGUUUUCAAUGCUGCAAAAAACCGGGCCACGGACAGGCAAAUAGGGGAUAGGAUAGGGGUUGCUGAUAGAAAAGAUUUCUAUCACCAGCUCCAGGAGGUCUUUGCCUGUUUCGGAGCUAUCCUUCAGGGAGAUGCUCUCGGAGUGGAGUUCGCUUGCUCUUGCCACUCAAACUUGCUUUCUGCCUAUGGGCUUUUGGGUGCUGACUCCAGGCUGCAGGGUGGAAGCCCGUUUCCGUGCGGCGCCGAGCAGGACCUCAUCGAAGGACUGGUGAUCGAUGAUUGGUUUGCGGUGGCCUGCCAGCCCGUUGGUGAGCAAGGGUCGUCGGCCGCCGGGGCUGCCUUUGCUAGGGCCCAAAAGGCCUACAGUGAAACGGGGCUCUUUGGGUCGCCCAAGAAGGACAUCUACGAGGCCACUUGCGCAACGAUAGCUGGCGCAGAAGUCGACUCGUCAGAAGCUACACGCCAGCUCGGCCUCGCCCUUGUGGGGCCCGCCAAGGAAAAGCACAUAGCCCUUGCUGCCUUGUCCCUCGAGGCUGCCCGCUUGCCCCGCACGUCCGACAGCCUGCACUUGUCCCUUACCGGGGCCUGGGUGUCAGCUUGCUUGUUCCGGCGCCCUUUUAUGAGUGUGCUUGACCGGGUGUUCCGCCUUGUUGACGUUGCCGGGGUGAGUCCUGAGAGCCCGAAGGCCUACCCCUUACCGAGGCGCACCGCCAACGAGUUUGUUGUGCUCUCGGCGCUGUCCUUUGUCCUCACCUGUGAUGUCUCUGCUCCCUGGUCGAGCACCCUCUUUGCUACCGACUCCUCCUCGGGGAAAGGGAGCCGUCGUCGAGGCAGAG